UUCUUUUUGCCUUUGGAAGAGCAGUCGUUCCCUUUCCUUCUGGGAUGGAAGCUUUGAUCUGUUUGUGAUGCUGCCUGAAAAUUUCUGCUUGUAAAUGUCUCAGUCCCCUUUCUUGAUUUUCAAAUUGCAUAAGCAACAUUGGCCAGACAAGUGAAGAGACCAAGAACAUGGCCAGAAAUGAAGUGAUCCUCCUGCUGCUUCUGCUGCUGCUCCCACUGAACAGGGCUGCUGAUACCAUGCCUUCAGUCUGUGGCCAGCCAGUAAUGACCUCUCGAAUUGUGGGUGGCCAAAAUGCAAAGAUUGGAGCCUGGCCAUGGCAGGUCAGCAUCCGUUCGCGUGGGAAACAUUUCUGCGGCGGGUCUCUUGUGGCAGAGCAGUGGGUGUUGUCAGCUGCCCACUGCUUCUUCAAGACUCCGCGCUCAGACAUCGCAGUGGCCCUGGGAGAAUAUGAACUCGAGAACCCAAGCCCCAAUGCCCAGAUGAUCCGUGUCACCAGAAUAGUCCUCAACAGUGCAUUUUUAGGAAUUGGAUCACCAGGGGACAUUGCUCUUUUGUGGCUCCAAAGACCUGUGAAAUACACUGCAUACUUCCUCCCUGUGUGUGUGCCAGAUUCCUCUGCUGAGUUCGCCGAGGGCAUGGGCUGUUGGGUAACAGGAUGGGGACACAUCAAGUUUGGUGAGCCACUCCCUUCCCCUAAGACCUUGCAAGCGGUUGAAGUACCCUUACUUACUGCUGCACAAUGCAACCAGCUGUACAACAUAAGUCAACCAAAUUCCACAGGAUCCACACCAGUCUUGAAUGACAUGAUUUGUGCUGGAUAUGAACGUGGGAAAAAAGAUUCUUGCCAGGGUGAUUCUGGGGGGCCCUUGGUCUGUGCCCAAAACAAUUCCUGGUUUGUGGUUGGGAUUGUGAGCUGGGGAGAAGGCUGUGCAAAGCAGUACCGCCCUGGCGUCUACACCAGAGUCAUGAGUUACGAGGAUUGGCUGCAACAGCGUAUUCCAGACCUGAAGUUUGGAGUUAAUCCAUGA